CAGUAAUACAUACCUACUUCUAAAUCUAGGCAGAGAUAUUCUCCCGCGAUAUCUAUCGUUACCAUUUUCCACUCCAUUUCUCGCCGCAACCGGGUCGGGUUAGAUCCAUAUCCAUUUUCCUCCAACACAACACAGAGUAUACUAGCUAGGUUGUUGGUUGGUGCUGUUUUUUCCGUUUAACGAUUUCAAACAAUUUUCCAUCGAUCUGAAACUGCAUUGAAAACAAAACCUAUUUCCAAAUACAGACAUUAUCGUUGUCUUUCAGCUGUAACAACACAUUUCCUAUUUAGUAAGUUGCUAGCUACAUUGAGUUAGCAAUGUAUUUGUUUGGGGUUUGAUUUUAUUAUAUACACACAACAACAAAAAAAAAACUAGAUCCAAAACCCCAAACUCUGUUUUCUGCAUUUGUGAUUUUCGCUUUUUUUGCAUAAUGAGAGAAAAAUCGAAAUCAAAAGGAGGAUGCUGUGGUUGGUUUAUUGCGUUUGUCAUUCUAGCUCUUGUUGUUGGUGCUAUUGUUUAUGCCGUUAAGAAGAAAAUCGAUAACUCGAAUUCCGAUAAACCCGAACCGGUUCCCGGUCCUCCUGGUGCUAUUGAUCAAAAAUAUGCUUCUGCUCUCAAAACUGCAAUGCAAUUCUUCGACGUGCAAAAAUCUGGCAAAUUAGAGAACAACAAAAUAAGUUGGAGAGGGGAUUCGGCUCUUAAGGAUGGAAAGCAAGCAGAUUUAGAUCUAACAAAAGGAAUGUAUGAUGCCGGGGAUCACAUGAAGUUUGGUUUUCCUAUGGCUUUUACUGCCUCGGUGCUAUCGUGGGCAAUUCUAGAAUAUGGAGAUCAAAUGGAUGCUGUUGGCCAAUUGGAACCAGCGCAAGAUUCUCUCAGGUGGAUCACUGAUUUUCUCGUCAAUGCUCAUCCUUCGGAGAAUGUUCUGUAUAUUCAGGUUGGUGAUCCUGUUGCAGAUCACAAGUGUUGGAAUAGACCUGAGUUAAUUACUGAGGAACGACCCCUCUUACAAGUGAACGUAUCCUGUCCCGGAUCAGAUGUUGCAGCUGAAACUGCAGCAGCAAUGGCAUCAGCAUCUUUGGUCUUCAAAAAGUCAGAUGCUACAUAUUCAAGCACUCUCCUCAAGCAUGCAAAACAGUUAUUUACUUUUGCGGACAAGCAUAGAGGAAUUUACAGUGAGAAUAUACCUGAAGUUGCGACAUAUUAUAACUCAACUGGAUAUGGAGAUGAGCUUUUGUGGGCAGCUACCUGGCUCUACCACGCCACAGGUGAUGAUUCGUACCUUCAGUAUGUGACUGGCCAAAAUGGAGAAGACUAUGCUCAAUUUGGAAGCCCAACCUGGUUCAGUUGGGACAACAAGCUUGCCGGAACUCAGGUUUUGCUAUCUAGAGUAAGCUUCUUCAAGGCAAAGGGCCUUUCCAGUUCAUUUGGUUCCGGCCUCCAAAAUUAUAGAAAAUCCGCCGAGGCUGUAAUGUGUGGCCUUCUUCCAGACUCUCCAACAGCCACAAAAAGCAGAACUGAUAAUGGUCUGAUAUGGGUGAGUGAAUGGAACGCUUUGCAGCAUCCUGUUGCAUCUGCAUUCUUAGCUUCUGUUUACAGUGACUAUAUGCUUACAACGCAGACUCCCAAUAUAAAAUGUGAUUCAGAUUCCUUCAAACCAUCAGAUCUUCGAGACUUUGCCAGAUCUCAGGCUGAUUACGUGUUGGGCAAGAAUCCUCAGCAUAUGAGUUUUCUGGUGGGAUAUGGAAAGAAUUUCCCACAAUUCGUGCAUCACAGGGGAGCUUCAAUUCCUGCUAAUGCGAAAACUGGUUGCAAGGACGGGUGGCAGUGGCUUGACUCAUCCGAUCCGAAUCCCAAUGUAGCUACUGGAGCACUUGUUGGUGGACCUUUCUUAAAUGAGACUUACAUUGAUUCUAGGAACAAUUCUAUGCAAGGAGAACCAAGCACAUAUAACAGUGCUGUCAUAGUUGGUCUCUUAUCAAGUUUAGUCACCACAUCUUCGGCCCUUCAAUCCUUCUCCUAAACUAUAGUAUGUAGCUUCUCCAUAUUCAAUUCCACUCAAAAGAAGUUGCGACGCGGAUUUAAGUUUUAUGGCUUUAUUCAUUUCCUUAUCAUCACGUAUUAUUAGUGUAUGGAUCGUGAUACUGUAACUAUACAAUAUAUUUUGAGUGUGAGCCGUGGUGUCUGGAUAGGUUAGUCAUUAAUUAAUGUAUACAGGUGAAGUUUGAUUCUCUGUUGUUGCCUCACCAGCUCUGAGCUUAUUCUAUUGUACUUCCUUGUAAAAUAUAUGGUUGAUUCUUUUUGUUAUUGUUGUUGGUGGUGUUAUUUGACCGUAAUCACGUUAUUGAUC